AAUGCCAUACUUGAAGACAAAAUCAACAAAUAUGAAAGACUGGAAUCCUACGGGUGAUUUUAUGAUAGAUGUCAGUGAGACAGAUGAAGCAGAGUUCACAACAAAGAAUAGAAUUGACUCCUAUCAUGGAGACAUUCUCAACUAUAUGGUUGGAAUUGACCUCUCAUGCAACAAGUUAGUAGGUGAAAUCCCACCUCAACUUGGAAUGAUGAGCACCAUCCGGGCAAUGAACUUAUCACACAACAGUCUAACUGGACCAAUCCCUACAACAUUCUCAAACUUGAAGCUGAUGGAGAGUUUGGAUCUUUCCUAUAACAAUUUAAGUGGUAAAAUUCCACCUGAAUUGACUGAAAUUACCUAUCUAGAAGUCUUCAGUGUGGCACAUAAUAACUUAUCAGGUACAACACCAGAAAGAAAAAAUCAAUUCGGGACUUUUGAUGAAAGUAGUUAUGAGGGUAACCCUCUUUUGUGUGGACCUCCAUUACAUGAUUGCACCAAAAUUGGACCUCCUUCUACAAUGCUAGUGGAUCAUGAUGGGGAAGAUGGGGGUAGUUUCAUUGACAUGGCUGUCUUCUACAUAAGCUUUGUGGUGGUUUACAUAACAGUGUUGUUGGGACUUGUUGCAGUUCUCUACAUAAAUCCUUACUGGCGUAGGGCGUGGUUUAACUUCAUUGAGGUGUGCGUUGACAAUUGCUACUGUUUUGUUGUGGUUCAUUACCGUAAGUUGUUCAAUUUCAGGCUUGCAUAGCCUUGCAUUUUAAUGGUUACAUGUAUGUGUGUCUC